AUGGGAGCUCCCAAUGGACAGUGGAUGAAGAUACCCAGACCUGAAUACGGGGCUUUUGCAGGAGCUGGAGCCUCGCCUCACACCAAAGGUCUUCAAGGCCAAGGGGUUCCUUCGGUCCAGGGGAAGUCUGGUGGAGCCAAACCCAGGCCUUACACCGGGGAGGUCCCUGGAGGAGUUGACGGAAUGAACCGGUUUCAGCCUCAAGCAGCAGGUUAUUUACCAAAUCCAAAAAUGGCCGGUGCUUACGGUGGAAUGGGAGGUUUUCCGUUUGGGGCUCAAAAUGCUAAAUAUGGAAUAGGAGGUUUGCAGUUUGGGGGCGUUAACUCCAAUUCAGGACCCAAUGGAGCUGGAAAUUAUGGUAAUGGCGGUGGCGGCUCAUACGGACCUGCCACUGGAGCUAAAUAUGGAUCCACCAACGGACAGCAGCCUCUGGGCGGCACUGAUAACACACAAGGUUAUGGCAGAAUGCCUUAUGAAAUCCAAACUGCUGGUCAGAACCCCAACGCCAAGUCUAAUGCCAAAUAUGGCUCAGCCUUUCAUCCAGAGCCUGCAGCGAUGGGACACGGAGGGAAGGCUCCUGGACAAUACGGCAAUAACGUGGGCUACAUCAGUGGACAAGUGCAGCCAGAUGCCGUGGCCUUACCCGCUGCUUCUAGCCCUGCGUCCCCUGUGCUCUACGCCUCUGCUGCGCCCUACCUGCCUGUAGACGCCGCUGUAACGUACGGAGCGGCUACUAAAGGCCCUGUUGAUUCUGCUCCUGUCACAGAGUCCCAGGGCGCCGCUCGGGGACCGGAGCAGACGGACGACGUGCAGCAAAUGCCACAACAGAUUCAGAUCCAGCAGCAACUCAAACUGCAUUUUCACCCACAAGGACCUCGGCUCUUGGAGUUGGCCAAAACUCCGAGUCAUCUUCAAUUCAACAAGUUUGUGCUGACGGGUUACAGACCGGUGUCCACGGCGCAGGAGUGCCUCAGGAGCCUCUUCUACAUGCACAAUGAGCUGGGCAACAUUUACACCCAUGGGAUCCCGUUCUUCCUGUUCCUGGUGCUGCUGCCCUUCAGUAUCCCCUGGAUGGAGGUGGACAGUACGUGGCUGUGUGUGGCUCACUACCUGGCGUGCCUCAGUCCCACCGUGGGCUCCGUGCUGUACCAUGUGUUCAUGAACCAUGUGGGGGGAGAGCAUGUGUACGACACGCUGCUCUCCUUGGACAUGUUCGGAGUCUGUCUGGUGAACACACUGGGUGCCCUCCCCAUCAUCCACAUCACGCUCCUGUGCUUCCCCGGCCUCCAGCGCGCCGCCCUCCUCGUCUACGUCCUCCUGUCGUCGUACGGGAUCUACUGCGCCACUACGGCCCGAACCAACGUACUGCGCCUCCGGGCCUUCGUGUGGCAGGGCCUGUUCCGCUUCAGUCUCUUCUUGUUUCGAGUGUUCGGCAGCGGCGUGGGCAGCCCCAACUCCCUGCGCCUCUUCGUGAUCAUGGACUCCUUGGCCGUUCUGGGAGGCGUGGUCAACAUCGUUCAGAUUCCAGAGCGUUUCAGCCCUGGGCUUUUUGAUAACUGGGGCAACAGCCACCAGAUAAUGCACAUCAUGGUCAUAUGUUCGAUCAUCUACCUUCACUGGGGCACACUUGAGGAUUUAGCCUGGAUUAAGAGCUACCAGUGUCCUACAGAGUAA